AUGAAGUUUUCACUGAAAAAGUCUACGACGCAAACGCCAGACUCGCCGCCCCCCGAAGAGGAAGAGACCCUGGCAGAAGAACCCACCACGGACCCGGCCAUCAGAACAUUCAGUCUGGGAGAUGUGGUUUUGACAGAUGUGGUGUCAUGCAAGGAUGAGCUGAAAGAAGUCCAUAUGGGCUAUCUCAAUGACCAGUGUUAUAUUGUGAUCGACAACUUCGCCCCUACUCUAUUGUCUCCAAAGUCGCAAUAUGUGCAUAUCAUGGCGGGAAGGAUCAAGUUCACCAUUAGUGAAGAAAUGACACGCAUGGCAGACAGAGCCUUUUUAGUGCUCACAGAGACCCUGGAGCCGCCAAAAAAGCGAGGAAUCCAUCUCAAUACGCUCCAGCUGGACGAAGAUCUCAGUAUCAAGCCCACAUGGAGACAGGGACGCGUGGAUCUGUGGUACGAGUAUGCAGCUAGUCCACAGGCCUUUUUCAAGACUGUCAAGCGUAUCAAUGAGCUCAGAGACAUCUACGACACUCCAAGAACACUCAAUGUGAUUAGAGACUCUCCAAGAACGUCUACAGAAACCCAGGAUGAAAAGGAGAAUUCUUCCGGAAGUGAACCGUCAACGUUCUCCUCGGACUUGUCUCUCAUUUCACCUGCUACCACUCAAGAAGAGAUGUUCGCACCUCAACCAGAAAUGUUUGCACCUCCACCUGAUUCACCUCUUCCAGCUACACCCAACUCCGAUUCACCCAUACAUACUCCACAGCAGAUCAAGGAACAACUGGAACAGAUUCCUGAACGGCCCAAUUCAGAAGGCACUUUUGAUUUCGGAAUUAUGGACGCAGAAGCUAUCAAUAAAGAGGAAGAAGAAGAAGAAGAAGAAGAAGAAAACGACGUGUUUGAGUAUCCGGCUCUGUUUGAGCAGUGUGAAAUCAUUCAAGAGGCUCUGGAUGACCCUUCCACUUGCGACUUUGUCAUUGCAUCUGAAUCAGGAGAAGUGCCCGUCCAUUCUCUGAUUUUGAAAGCUCGAUGGCCUCACUUCAAACUCAUAUGUGACCGAGAUUCGACAAUUGAAAACCAACAGAACAGAAGCUUGAGUCUCUCACAGCAUCCCCAUACGUGGGUCAAAGCCAUGGUGGACUGUAUCUACGGUGUUGACCCCCACAUUGACGACUUCGAUACUCUGCUCAAACUCAUGAUGUUUGCCGAGGUAUAUCAGGUUCAACAAUUGCACGAGUUUGUCAACUACAAAAUUUCAUUCAUCAAAUUGAACCCCGUGCUCAUGUGUCAGCUGUGGAAAGCUGCCUACACUUGCGACAACAGCUUUCUCCUGGACAGAUGUGCGGCGUUCUACACUCGUCAUGUGGAAGAGGUGUCCUCCUGCCAAGAUCUCGAAGGACUCACAAAGCCAGAAAUGGCUGAGCUGCUACGACAUGUCCGACGCUCAAAGCCUGAAUUCGCCGACGAACAACCAAAAUACGCCUUCAGCCGUGGACAGACCAUUAGCUUGGCUCCAAUAACUAGCGUGGGUCGCAAUAGUAUAUGA